AUGAUUCCAGUCGCCAGACACUCUGUCCUGCGGGCUGCCCGCUCGCAGAUUUCAUCUACUCGUGCUCUGAACCAGUCAGCGCUGGCCCGCCUACUCUCGACCCUCGCCGUCCUCGAACAGCGCGAUGGCAAGCUGCAGAACUCUUCCCUUUCUGCAAUUGCUGCGGCGCAGAAGCUGGGUGGACCGGUGACAGCUUUCCUGGCUGGCACUGGUAUUAAGGGCACCUCUGCCGCUGAGGCUGCUAAGAUCAAGGGUCUUGACAAGGUUAUUGCGGUGGAGAAUGAUGCUUAUGAAAAGGGUCUUCCUGAGAACUACGCCCCUCUUCUCGUUGAAAACAUCAAGAAGGGCGAAUACACCCACGUCAUUGCCGGACACUCGGCCUUUGGCAAGAACGUGCUGCCCCGCGUGGCCGCUCUUUUGGACGUCCAACAGGUCUCAGAUAUCACCGGAAUCGAAAGUGAAGACACCUUCGUCCGUCCCAUCUACGCCGGCAACGCCAUCCUGACCGUGCAGUCAAGCGACAACAUCAAGGUCAUUACCGUACGAGGAACCGCUUUCCAGGGCACCGAGAUCGAGGGCGGAUCCGCUGAAAUUGUGGAUGGAGUUGACUCGAACGCCCCCGGGCUGACUGAGUGGGUGUCCGAGGAACUGACCAAGUCUGAGCGGCCCGAUCUCUCCACCGCAACCCGCGUUGUGUCCGGUGGCCGUGGUCUGAAGUCGAAGGAGGAAUUUGAUCGCAUCAUGCUUCCAUUGGCCGAUUCAUUGGGUGCCGCUAUCGGUGCUUCUCGUGCUGCCGUGGACAGCGGCUUCGCCGACAACAGUCUGCAGGUUGGCCAGACUGGUAAGAACGUUGCUCCUCAGCUUUACCUCUGCGCCGGUAUUUCCGGUGCCAUUCAGCACCUUGCUGGUAUGAAGGACAGCAAGGUUAUUGCUGCCAUCAACAAGGACCCCGAGGCCCCCAUCUUCCAGGUUGCUGAUGUUGGUCUGGUGGGUGAUCUGUUUGAAAAGGUGCCCGAAUUGACAGAGAAGUUGAAAAACGCUUAG